GCGGUUUUAACACCAAAUCGCAGAAUCUUGUAGUAUUAAGAAACGAGUUCAGUAGAGUACAAUGAUUAGCUUAAUCGCAAGUUGCAAGAUUAUGCUCCUAGGUAUGAAGACCAAGUCCCGGUAAAUACGGCAGUUGGUGAGUUGACUGCCACCUUAUAUAAACGGAUUGGAAGUGGACAGCCUCUGCAGAACUUCAGAAAACGUCGCUUGCUCUGCUCACGCAAGAGUCUCCGUCAUACGCUCACAGCUAGCUCAAAAUGUCCAAGAAGAUUGUGAUCCGAGCUGACCUCAUCAGCAAGAAGUGCAUGGCCAAGAUCCUGUCAACUGUUGCCAAGCUCGAGGAGAUCAAGUCCAUUGACAUGGACCAGGAUAAAUGCACGUUGACGGUGGUAGGCACUGUCGACCCGGUGCGCGUCGUGCAGAAGCUCAGGAAGGCACGCUUUGCCGCGGAUGUUGUCAGCGUCGAGGACGACAAGCCAAAGGAGCCGGAGAAGAAGAAGGAUCCCUGCCAAGAAGCCUGCGAGAAGGCCUGCAGCUACAAUGAGGGGCCAUGGUACCAUUACGGCUACACGCCAGGCUGCUACUCCAGCCCUUACGCCCAACCCAGCAGCCAGUACUACGGCCACGGCUACGGCAUGCGACCACCGCCGCCGAUGGGAUAUGUGUGCUAUGAGGAGAUCUCACACGGAGGCGGACAAGAAUGUGUCAUUCAGUAG